GGAGCAAAAGCAUCUCUCAUAGGGAGGGAGGCGGACGGCGCGUUCGUGGCUCCGGAUUUCAUCUCGUUGUGCCUUGUCAUCCUCGCCCCAUCCAUCCGCCGACAUGCCCAAAGGAUUCCUCGUGAAAAGGAACAAGAAAGCUGCGCUCGUUUCGUAUCGGAUACGCACAGACGAGGAUGGAGGACCCACUCCAGAAUGUCCGAUCGCACAGAUCGCCUUAUCCUCACCCGCGCCCAGCGCCUCCAAGCCAGACAGCAUCCUCUUGGCGUUCCCGUCGGCCGGAGCAGAGGCGCCGGUGCCCGUCCACAAGCCUGUGCAGUUCGGCAACCCAGAGGCGGUGUACCAAGCCCUGUACAGCCCCACCCGGCCAGUCAGCAAGGAUCAUGAUAGGAAAUAUUUCGAAAGGAGCCUCAACCUCGGCUCGCCCAUCUCUGCCGAAUCUUUCCCGACUCCCGCCUCUCUCACCAGCCUGGACCAUCAUCUUCUGUUCGCGCCGGUCGACUUGAAAAUCGGCACCAGUAACAGUAACCGGAGCGGAACAGCCAGCGGCGCUCACGCCCCCGCCAUCCAGACCGGAGCCAAAAGACCUUCCGCUGACGCCGCCGAGCGUAAAGUCAGCAGCAAAAGCGCCAAGAAACCCAAAGCCAUACGCAAGCUCAACUUCGAGGACGAGGUAACUACAUCCCCGGUGCUGGGCCUAAAAAUCAAAGAGGGGCCCGUGGACCUGAAGCCCCGACCGUCUUCGGGUGGCACCAACAAGCCUCUGGGAGAGUUCAUCUGCCAGCUUUGCAAAGAAGAAUACUCGGACCCGUUCUCUCUGGCACAGCACAAAUGCUCACGGAUAGUGCGGGUGGAGUACAGGUGUCCCGAGUGCGAGAAAGUCUUCAGCUGUCCGGCGAACCUGGCCUCCCACCGGCGCUGGCACAAACCGCGCGUGCAGAGCGCGCCGAAACAAGCCCUCCAACCCGCCAAGCCUUUCCCCGAAGAGCUGAGAGCCGAGUUCCCCAGCGACAGAGACACCCCGAGCCCGGGUCUGUCUGAAUCCGGCUCCGAGGACGGGCUCUACGACUGCCAACACUGCGGGAAGAGAUUCAAACGCCAAGCGUACCUGAGGAAGCACAUCCUGGGACACCAAGCGCUCCAAAAUCAAAUCCUCGGGGAGGCUUUUCGCAGCGCGGAAAGCCCCGACGCUAUGCCUUCGGAGGACCGCCAAAGCCCAGCUCCGCUCAAUCUGAGCCCCGCGGACUGUCUCACGUGCCCGGCUUGCGGAGAGAAGCUCCCCAACCGGGCGAGUCUGGAGCGACACCUGCGUCUCCUGCACGACGACGCCCAGGCGUUUCCCUGCAAGUUCUGCCCUGCCACUUUCUACAGCUCGCCGGGUCUCACCAGGCACAUCAACAAAUGCCACCCCACCGAAAACAGACAAGUCAUCCUGCUCCAGAUGCCCGUACGUAACGCCUGCUGAAGAAGAGCCCACACCGGCCCGUCCUUUAGAACGAUCUAUUUUCUUCAUUCAAUCCUUCACUAGAAAAGUCUGGAGAAAAGUAUUAGUUUGGUCCUUAAAAAGGUAUUUUUCUAGAACCCUUGCACACAUGGUAAUGUAAUAGCUCCUAGACCUAAGAAAUGUUGAUGUACCUCUGCCUUGAAUUCACAUGCUGUGCGUUUCACGUAUGUAGCUUUAAUCUAGUAUGUGAAUUACAGGACUGAAAUGUUCUCUCUCUCUCUCUCUCUCUCUCUCUCUCUCUCUCUUUUCUUACUGAAAACUACGACAACAAAUCUUGAAAAGUUUCCCUUUAGUAGCCAGAAAUGCCUUUAGAGAAAUACACAUCAAACUACUGCCUUAAGAACUCUUAAGUGUAAUGAUUGUUUUUGAAUGUCGGCACACGAUUACAGCUUACUAUCAUGAUGUAAAAUUAUUGUAAUAUGUUUAUUCGUAAUAUUUUAUUUAUUUAUGUAUUUAUUUAUUUUCAAUGGCUUUGUGUAAAUUAUUAAGUGACUUUUCUCCCCUGUGUCACAUGUUGCAGUCGAAUCGUUGUCGAGAUCAUCUUGUCUUGGGUUUUGUGCGCUCCCUUGAAACGUGAAGCUCUUAUAGAUGCAAUCCUUUUCUACGUAAACAGCUUAUUUUCCUAAAUGUUUGCUACCUAGCGCUUUAUAUGUGCGUCCGUGUUGUCUACUCGAAUAAAAUAUUUUCAGCUGAAA